UUUGACAUUUAUUAUCUUUUUGGGCAUUCUAUUUAAUCAAAAUUCUCAGUCUUUAAUGAAAAUCUUCUGUGUAAUUAACAAUGACAAUAUUUAAUAUGUGGCGACGCCAGUUAAUGCGUCCCGGGCCACUGAAUUUACUGAAAGGUUUAGCAAAAUUAUUUUCGAAUAAAAAAGUGUUGGAUAUUUCAAGUAUUAACCCAUCUAUCCGUACUUAUACUAAUCAACAUCGAGACGCAAAUGUGCAACCUGCAGGCGGAAAUGCGCCACCUCCAAGAGGAAAUGUACAGUCUCUAAGCAAAAAUAUGCAACAAUUACAACCUAUAAGCGCACAAACUCCAAAUAUAAACGCACAGCCUCCAAACGGAAGGGCACCACAUCCAAAUGGAAACACGCAAUUCGCAAGCGGCAUCAACACUUUAAAUGCGAAUAUCCCGGAUAUAGAAAGUACAGGAGAAGUACAAGAACAUGAAAAGCAAGAAUGUCCUCCUUCUCCACCUGCAUGCUGUGAACCAUGCUGCACAGAAUGUUGCCCUCGUAAAAGAUUGACCUGUCCGCCACAAAUAUGCCCGAUUCCACCAUGUCCUCCAAAGCCUCCACCAUGUUGUGUUCAUCCUCCAGAUUGCCCUGAGGAACCACCUCCACUACCACCCCACUGCAUCAAUGCUAAACCAAAAUGUUUGAAAUGUUAUCGCAAAUUUUGGGAGCAUUAAUAUUUUUUGAACCAAAAUAUCAAUUUUAUUGGAAAUUUUAACACAAGAAAUUAUUAUUCACAACCUCCGAUCGCCAAUCUUUGUUCAACAUAAUAUAUAAAAAGAAAAUAACUGCCGCUAUAUAUAUGCUUUUGUACUUGGGCACAUUUGGAAUGAUGGUUUAACAUUUGGAUGAAGCAGGACCCCAAAUAGCUUCAAGCUUUCGCUAUCUGUUUUUCUUCGUUCUUGAUACCGAUAUUUGUAAAUAACUCCUUAAGAAAAAAAGUUACAUAAG